AUGAUUGCUAGUGACAUGCAGAAGAAGGGGCAGGAGAGGGACACGCAGCAGGAUUGUGCUAAAAUAAAGGAGCUGAGGCAGGUGUACCAGAAGGCAAGUGAGGCCAACCAUUGCUCUGGUGCAGCGCUGAAGAUGUGCUUCUACAAGGAUCUUCACACCAUCCUCGGCAGCAAACCCACCUCCACCACCAUGAGCCCCAUGGAUACUUCCGGGGGACUAGUCUGGAGGCAGCAGCCAGUGGACUCAACCCUGGUGACCAAGUGGUGGAUGAGGAAGUGGAGCUGGCGUACAAUAUGGAGCAGAAAGCAAAGGUUCUUCGUGACCGUGAAGUGGACGGUAAUACUCAGUCUCUGCGCGGCUCUGCCGACCCUGUAUGGUUUUGACACCCUCAGGUACAUGGAAGGUUUCAUCCCCAUGGAAGUCUGUCCGUUACCCCAGGAUGCUCAUUUUCAUCAUCCUGGCAUGGACGCUUACAGCUCCCUCAACAUCUGGUUGAGGUGGGACGUGCUCACCUGCGCACAUUGGGGUGCUCCCAUUGUCUGGGAGGGGACGUUCCAUCCCGAGACCUAGCAGCAGGAAUAUGGGCGCUGGAAUCUCACUAUUGGCCCGAGGGUGUUUGCCGUUGGAAGGUAUCUGGCUAAGUACCUGGAGCAUUUCCUGGUGAUGGCUGAGGAGCACUUAGAAUCUCAGGGGGUGGGCUGGAGAGUGAUCUACUACGUCUUCACAGACAGGCUGGGCAUGGUGCCGCAGCUCCGCCUGGCCACAGGGCGGCACCUGCGGACCCUGAUGGUGGAGAACCAGAAGCGCCGGCAGGACAUCUCCAUGAUGAGGAUGCAUUGGCUCAGCCAGGGCCUGGACCCCGCCAUCUGCAGGGAGGCCCAGUACAUCUUCUGCAUGGAUGUCGACCAGUUCUUUGUUGGAGCCUUCGGGUCGGAAGUGCUGGCCAAGUCCGUUGCCCUGCUCCAUUCCUAUUUCAACCGGUGGACCCGCUUCUCCUUCACCUAUGACUGGAACCCCAGAUCAGCUGCCUUCCUGGGCCCAGGUGAAGGGGACUGCUACUACCACAGCAGUGUUUGGGGGUUGCCAGUGGUGAAGAACCUGACGGAAAGCUGCUUCCAGGCUGUUCUGCAGGUCAAGCAGAACGGCGCGGAGGCCCCCUUGGCAUGACGAGAGCCAGCCAAGAUCUUGUCUCCGGAGUACUGCUGAGAUCAGGCCGUCGGGCCACGUGGAGACACCCGCAUUUCUAGGCUGGUGUGGGCCGAGAAGCAGCACAGCAUGGUGCGCCCGACAGAUUGGUGA